AUGGCUGAUGCGCGGAACGGCGUCAGCAAGGACGAAUUGAUUUCCACCUACGAGCGUCGGUCGCAACGUGAUGGCGAUAUCUCUGAAUUCGUGACGAGCUUUGCCUCGACUAUUUCCAGCAAUUCCACUGCUUCCGUGCUCACCUACUGCAUGUCCUCUAUCAGCAUGACCCUGGUGAACAAGUACGUCGUUUCCGGAGCCAGCUGGAAUUUGAGCUUCCUCUAUCUCGCCACGCAGUCUUUCAUUGGUACAGUGGCCAUAUUGGCCUGCAAGAAGACGGGACUCAUCCAGAACCUAGCCCUUUUUGACUUGAAGAAGGCCCAAACUUGGCUGCCGGUUUCCUUGCUGCUGGUCGGAAUGAUCUAUACAGGCAACAAAGCGCUGCAAUUCCUCUCCGUUCCCGUUUAUACCAUCUUCAAGAACUUGACAAUCAUCGUCAUUGCGUACGGCGAAGUCUCCCUGGGCGGUGGCAGGGUGAAGCCUCUCGCCCUGCUGUCUUUCGGCUUAAUGGUGCUCAGUUCCGUCGUGGCGGCCUGGGCUGACGUCCAGCACGCGACAACCGCUACAUUAGGAGCUGGUUCUGACUCGACCGCCGCGGCUUUGUCAGCUCUCAACGUCGGUUAUGCUUGGAUUGGGAUGAACGUAGUCUUCUCUGCCUCUUACGCACUGGGCAUGCGUAGAGUGAUCAAGAAGACGAAUUUUACCAACUGGCACGUCAUGUUCUACAACAAUCUGCUUAGCAUCCCCAUUCUGCUGCUUGCUUCCGUCUUUGCUGAAGACUGGUCUUCCGAGAAUCUGCAGAGGAACUUCCCUGCCGAGUCGCGACAACGUUUGUUUAUCGGAAUUCUCUACUCUGGCGUAGCCGCCAUCUUCAUCUCGUACUGCACGGCCUGGUGCAUUCGAGCCACCUCGUCUACAACCUACGCCAUGGUGGGUGCUCUGAACAAGCUGCCUCUAGCUGUAGCGGGCAUCGUCUUCUUUGCGGCUCCCGUCACAUUCUGGAGUGUAGCUGCCAUUAUGCUUGGAUUCAUCAGUGGCCUCGUCUUCACGAGGGCAGAGAGCAGCGGUGCAUAG